UACAUCCUUUUUAUGUACCGGUCAGUCGACCCCUCUCUACCUCUGCUCUUUCACAGAGAGAGCUAUGAAUCUGUAUGGGUCUCUAGGCUUCCGUAUCUUCUUCAUUUUCUCUGUUUACCUAUAAUGAACUCAGACCCAAACCUCUUCUUCUCGGAAGAAGAUGGCUCAGCAUCAUCAUCAUCAUCAAGAAUCCAUUGCACAGCAACAUCAGCAACAAAACCUGUUGGACGUUCUUUACUGCUCCGAAGAGCAUUGGGAGGAAGAAGUCGGAGAGGACUAUUUCCAUGAAGAAGAUGAAGUGGAAGACAACUCUUACGGCAAUAGUAAUGAACCGAGCCAAUUUUCAGUCUUUCUAGAACAGGAUCUAUUCUGGGAUGACGGUGAGCUUAACGCUCUAUUCUCGAAAGAACAGCAAAAUGAACUCUACGAGAACCUCAAGACUGAUUCAUGUCUAGCAGAGGCUCGUCGGAAGGCUGUGGAGUGGAUGAUGAAGGUCAAUGCCCAUUACUCCUUCUCUGCUCUCACUGCGGUUCUAGCUGUCAACUACUUCGAUAGGUUCCUAUUUAGCUUCCACUAUAACGGAGAGAAGCCAUGGAUGCCCCAACUUGCUGCUGUGAGCUGUCUUUCUCUCGCGGCCAAGGUUGAGGAGACCCAAGUGCCCCUUUUGCUAGACCUUCAGGUGGAGGAUUGCAAGUACAUAUUUGAGGCCAAAACCAUCAAGAAAAUGGAGAUUCUGGUGCUCUCAACACUUCAGUGGAAGAUGAAUCCCGUAACUCCAUUUUCGUUUCUUGAUUACAUCACAAGGAGGCUCGGGUCAAAGGACCAUCUCUGUUGGGAAUUUCUAAGGAGGUGUGAGCGUGUCCUUCUCUGUGUCCUCGCAGAUUACAGGUUCAUGUCUUAUCUCCCUUCUGUUGUUGCUACUGCUACAAUGCUGCACGUUGUUAGUACUCUAGAACCCUGUCUUGUUGUCGAACACCAAAACCAGCUAUUGGGUAUUCUCGGAAUCGAGAAGGACAGGGUAGACGACUGCUACAAGCUCAUCGCGGAAUGGGAGUUAGAAGGCCACGGCGGCCGUAAUCUUCCCACCAAGCGCAAGUUUUGCUCCAUACCAGGCAGCCCAAAGGGCGUGAAUGACGUGUCUUUCAGCUCGGAUAGCUCAAACGAUUCGUGGGCCUUGGCAGUGCCGUUGGUCUCUUCCUCGCCCCAGCCUCUGUCCAAGAAGAGCAGAGCUCAGGACCAGCUUCUGCAGACGCUGAACAAGUCAAGUGCAGAUUUUUCAGCGUCCCACGCUAGCUAGUCGCCUAAAUUCCAUCUUUUUCUUUUCUUCUCUUUUUUUCUACUGGGCUCUAUACAUAGUCCUGUAUGUUUAAUAAUAUAUAUAUGUUCUUUUUAUGUGCAAGUUAAAUUGCCAACCAUCUCUGCAUUGCUACCCAAAUCCAAUUGGUGGGUCGUACAUAUAUGGCUCCGACCACAAUCCCUUGAAGGAUUGGAUUGGUUGGGAGGUCCGGGAGCAGAGAUUGUUGGCAUUUUAUCCGGAGGAAAGAACCUGAACAUAGUAAUGAAUAGUUACUAUUCGAAGUAAUACAUUCUCUGUUUCUCUCA